AUGAGGGAUGACCGUGUGGUUGUCAGGAAAAUGCCAGUAGUGCUACCACAUGAGUUGGUGCCGGAGCUGGCCAAGAAGGGAUUGCUUCCAGAUGUGAAUAUCCGGGAGUUUUGGGAGCAUGCUGAAGCUACCGGGGUUGAAUGGGGCCAGGCCCAUCCAGCCAUCGGGCGCAAAGCCCACCGGCCCAUGGGCCUGUAUGGUGACGAUGCUCAGUACAACCAGCAAGCGGAGAAACUUGUGAUUGUGACCCUGAGUGACAUCUUAUCGCCGGAAACUCAUUCAAUGUCCUCUAGAUGGCCAUUGUUUGUGCUACGUGAUGCUACUUGUUUGCACACUCCCCAAAUAAAGCUAUAUGUUAUGGCAAGCUGCUGGCUAGAGAUCCCUGGAUAUACAAAGCUGAGGCAUUGA